AAUGACGGAAUCUCGCUGAACUGGACCGCCCUCUCUUCCUCUGGACGUCCGGUACAGGACCCGAAUAAUAGAUAAUUCUUCACUCCCACAUUCGUUCGCAACGCGUCCAAAACAUUCGUUAUGCGUUAUUUAUAUAAUCUGCUGCUGCUCUCAGCGGCUUUCCUCCCUCGAGUCCUAGGGGCCGCAUCGUACGAUGAAUAUAGAGAUGCAGACAUCGGGCAAUCGGGCUAUCUGCCUAACCAUAACAUGGACCCUAAUAUUGUUAAUUCUGCAGCCUUCGGUCAAUUAUGGAAAGUUGCGUUUAAUUCAGAGGAACAGUUCUAUGCCAAGCCUUUGACCUAUACACCUCUUGCAGGAGGUAACCAGAUUUUGUUCCUGGCAUCGAGUCAAAACUGGAUUAGAACCCUGGACGCCAAGACCGGAGCUUUGAUCAAUUCCCGACAAGUUCACACCCCGUUUUUGCAAUCUGAUAUCGGCUGUACAGACAUUCCCAAUUACAUUGGUAUCAUUGGAACGCCCACGAUAGACCCUGCAACUGAUAUUGCCUACUUUUUCGCCAAGACCUACAUUCCAAACUACCGCGUCUCAGGAAGCACAGGCACAUCGAACGGCGUCUAUUAUUUCCAUGGUGUCAACGUCAACACCUUGGCCGAUGUCUUCACUCCCAUACUCAUCGAUGGUGCUGUUGCAGACAAUGCUCCCGCGAAGUACUUUGUUGGGGGCGUCGUUCUACAACGCCCUUCCCUCGUCCAAAUCGGCAGUGUUGUAUAUGGAGCCUUUGGAGCAAGUUGCGAUCUUUUCAACUAUACCGGCUUAGUAAUUGGUAUGGAUGUCAACAAAGCCAAAAUUGUCGCUCAUUGGGCAGUUGAAAGUGGCCCCCUCGCCCCUCAAACAAACUCUCUCUUGCAGAAUGGUGGAGGAGGAGAAGGUGGAAUCUGGAUGAGUGGCAUGGGUCUAUCGACAGAUGGAAACAGGCUCUUCUUCGUCACCGGAAAUGGAGCUGCUCACGAAAAUGUCGGAGCACCAGCCACUGGCCAAAGUGGUUGCUCGACGUUGGGCGAGGCAGCAGUAAAUCUUGGAGUCGACACCUCUACUGGUGAAGUAUCUGUUUCCGACUACUUCCAACCCUACGACUACCAGAAUAUGGACGGAGGUGAUCAAGACUUCGGUGCCGGAGGUUUGAUCCUUUUGGACUCUACAGUAUUUACUGGUGGUGGAGUCACUAAGAUGGCUGUCACCGCUGGUAAAAAUGGUAAAGUAUAUGUUUUGAAUGCCAACAAUCUUGGAGGCUACAAACUAGGAACGGGACAGACGGAUAACGUCAUCCAAACAAUCACUGAAGGCGGCUCAGUUUUCGGAGCCGCUGGCUCCUAUCCUCUCGAAGGUGGUUGGGUCUACACUACUCCGGUCGGCGAUGCGACGUUCGCUUACCAAUUGGGGUUUACCUCUGCUGGUAUCCCGCAAUUGUCGAAGGUAGCACAGACCAAUGAGAUCUCUGCGGGCCGUGUUGGUGUUGGAGUUCCGACUGUCACUUCAUUGAAUGGUGAAGCAGGAAGUGCUAUACUCUGGAUGACAGACCCAGACGCAGGACUUCGUGCCUGGUAUGCAGUCCCGCAAGAUGGUGUCCUCGUGAACAUUCCAUUGCCACAGGUCGGUGGUGCUAACAAAUUUCAACGACCCGCUUUCGGCAACGGACUAGUGUAUGUUACGGACUCCAAUGGUAUCUUGUAUUGUCUCGGCUCUCCUGUCGCACUUCCACUUAAUUGUACUUCACCCGUCAACUUUGGCCAACUUGCCCUCGGAUCGAAAGCCACACAAAGGGUCACUUGCACGGCUUUGAUUGCUAUCAACUCUAUCGUUGGCCUCGAGAUUAGCAGCACUACUUUCUCAGCAAGCAACUCGAGUCUGCCAACUGGUGCAUUGGCAAAAGGAGCUUCCUUCUCCUUUCCGGUAACAUGGGAUCUGACCAAUGCCAACUCCAACAACGCUGUGAACGCUUCGUCUCCAGAUGUUACCCCAGGAGUGAAGAGUACGCCGUUGACAAUUCUCACCAACAAUGCAGUCACUGGAUAUUCCACGGCAUUCCCCAUCAGUCUGACUGGCACCGAGGUCUCGGAAAGCCCAUACUUGUCCGUCGCUCCUACAACUUUGGACUACGGAGGAGUUGUUGUCAGCAAUACCACCGAUGCUGAGACGAUCUCAGGUAUCCUCACCAUUUCAAACAAAGGCUUGACAGCCAUGACAAUUGAAGGCUAUGCCUUCACAACUCAAACAUUGGCCGAUGACCCAACUUAUACGAAUGCCACAGCCGUGAAUGGGGUAUGGAAUAUGGGCUACGGAUUCACAUCAACUGAUUUACCUGCUGUUGGUUCCACGAUCGCACCUAACACUGCUAUCUCUGUGGAUACUGUAUUCAACCCAAUCAAUGGCACCGGUCAGUACCUUUCGUACUUCGAGAUCUGGUCCAACGGUGGAGCACAGAAUGUCAUUCUUGAGGGUUCUGCUUCCACAGCUCCUGUUGCCAACUUCUCCAUUAGCAAUGGAGAGGGUGGAUGGCUUCCUGGAUCCGAACUCACCAUGAACUUUGGUAGCGUCGCCCCUGGUAAUUCAUCUUCGCUUCAAAUCCGAAUCUGCAAUGAGGGUGGCUCUGCUCUCACAAUUGACAAGAGUAAACCUCCGAAUGGUGUAUUCCACCUUGCCGACCCAACAGAGUUGGAAGAAACUCAGGUUAUCACCCCGGAUGCUUGUGCAUAUGGAACGGUUAUCUUCACGCCAAAUACCGAGGAGUACAAUGUUCCCACGUUCUCAGAGAACAACACUUGGACCCUCAACACUGACGAUUUGACUUUUGGUGUUCAUGUUGUCGAGUGUGUAGGUUCUGUAGCGGACACAUUUGUUGGUCCCAAGAAUUCAUCAGGCCAAUACAUCUACGAGUACUUGGGCUGCUUCCAAGAAGCAACGACUGGCCCUCGUUUGUUCCCUAGUGAGCCUUUAUCACCUAGCACCACCAACGACAAUGCCAAUUGCCAAACGGCUUGUUAUAACUCUGCUCAGUACGCAUUUGCUGGCACUGAGUAUGGUGAUGAAUGUUGGUGUGGAAAUACCCCACCGCCGCUUGCAAACCAAGAUCUUACGGAUACACUCUGUAAUACUGCUUGCCCGGGUAAUGCGAAUGAUCAGUGUGGUGCUACAGGUUAUCUUUCGGUUUAUUAUGACCCAACAAAGUAUGUUGCAGGCACUAACCCUGCUUUGUAUGGCCCACAAACAGUUCAAAGUGUUGGCAACUAUGUCUACCAAGGCUGUUACUCCGAAGCAACUAGCGGGAGAGCGUUGUCUGGGAAAUCUCCUACUGCACCAACUGGAGGUUUCACUAUCGAGCUCUGUGAAGCUGCUUGUGUAGGAUACACGUACUUCGGCAUGGAAUACUCGAACCAGUGCUACUGCGGGAACACUCUUGGUACAGGCAGUGUCAAUCAGACAUCCAGUACUCCCAGUGUCAACGGAUGCUCAAUGGUCUGUACCGGGAAUUCCAAAGAGUAUUGUGGAGGUUCAAAUCGUCUCAAUCUCUACGCUUUGAAUAGAACAGCCUCAACCUCGACCAGCACAAGUGUCAGCUCCUCGACAAGUCAAACAGGAACUGUGGGCUCAGGCUCAUCAGUCAGCUCCUCGUCUGGGACAGUUUCCGUCACUUCGUCCACCGCGACUCCCACACCCACUGGACCCAUCACUGUCACAAAUUUGGCAGGCUACAUUUAUUUGGGCUGUUAUUCCGAAGCUACAAACACGCGUGCAUUGAGCGGUCUCGAAAACCCGAUUGCAGCAGCAAGCAUGUCUGUCGAGGCUUGUGCUGCGGCAUGCGUCAAAUACACCUACUUUGGAGUUGAAUACGCACAAGAAUGCUAUUGCGGUAAUGUUAUCAACACUGGAUCCGUCAACCAGACUAGUUCCGUUCCAAGAGUCAGUGGUUGCAGCAUGGUUUGCAAGAACAACACUGGAGAAUACUGUGGUGGUUCAAACAGGUUGAAUAUGUACCAAGUUGCCAACGUUGUUUCGAGCUCUUCGUCAACGGUUCUCAGCAGCACGGUCUCUUCCUCGUCGACUUCUGGAACACUCUCAUCCUCAAGCAGCAUGGUCUCCAGCUCCUCGCUUUCGAGCUCAGUCAAAUCAUCAUCUAUUUCCUCGACGUCUUCUCUCAGCAGUACGAGCAGCACUUCUUCAGCACUUUCUAGCACCAGCAGCAGCAGCGUUCUUUCGUCAACGACCAGCUUAAUCUCCACUUCUAGCACUUCAAGCUCAGUAUCAUCCUCAACAAGCCCAGUCCAGUCUUUGGCAAUCAGACAGACUAUUGGCAACUAUGGAUUUGCUGGAUGCUACACUGAAGGCACAAAUACAAGGGCUUUGACAGGAGCAUCUCCUCUCUACAACUACACAGCAAUGACUUUAGAAACUUGUGCUACUUAUUGCUCUAAGUUCACAUACUGGGGAGUUGAGUAUGGUGGAGAGUGUAAGUGUUCUACACUUUCUGUCUUUGGGGAUUAGCUAAUAGGUGCAGGCUAUUGUGGUAACUCCUUAAACGCUGGAUCUGUCUUGGCAACCAACCAAGCUGAUUGCUCGUUCACUUGCCCGGGUAACAAGUAUGAAUACUGUGGUGCUGGUAACCGAUUGGAGAUGUACACACUCUCAACAACCAGCACCAGCAGCUCAGUUGUUGCCGCAACAGUUUCACCAUCUGCAUCGUCUAGUGUUCUUUCCAGCACGUCUACAUCCGUGUCAAGCAGCGUUUUGAGCUCCUCCUCGACCUCAUCGAGUUCGGUGGCGUCGACGACUCUGUCUUCCACGUCAUUGGUGGUGUCAUCAUCGACUUCAUCAACGGUGUCCUUGUCCAGUAGCCUUUCCAGCUCUCAUUCUCAGACGUCUGCGUCAAGU